GCAGCAACGGCAGCGAUGGCCGCUUUCCGCAGAGUGGCAGCGCUGGCUGGGAAGGUAAACCUGUGGUCGACGGCGAGAAACGAGCUCGUCGUUAGUCAGACCAGUGGAGGAAGGGCGCGGAGGUGUCUGGCAGUCGGGAUGUGUCUCGCAACGGGAGGCGCCGUGGCACUUUACUUCUACAGCGACAUGACGAGCGGCAGAGGAAGGAAGAGGAUGGAGAGACACAGCAUCAACGAUUUACUACCAUCCAUCCCCACCGUGGAAGCCAAGGAAAAGGCACGUCCGUUUGACUUUGAAGACGGAGACGUGUACAUGUCGUCCCACGAGCAUCGCUUCCGCAUGUUCAGCUCUGUUGAGUAUGAAGGCCAGCUGUACAUGACUCCGCAGAACUUCAUCGAGUCGGUCACCAUGAGUGAACCAAGAAACAAGAGGCCCUGGAGGUCCCUGACCAAACAGGAACUGGAGAAGAUCCUGUCAGAAACUCCCCCAGUAUGGAGAGGAUCCUCGAAACUGUUCCGCAACCUGAGAGAACGAGGCAUCAUCUCAUACACAGAGUACCUGUUCCUGCUCUGCAUCCUGACAAAGCCCCAUGCUGGCUUUAAGAUUGCUUUCAAUAUGUUUGAUGCAGACGGCAACCAGAUGGUGGACAAGAGGGAGUUCAUGGUGCUUCAGGAGAUCUUCCGCAAGAAAAAUGAGAAGAAAGGGAGGAAAGGUGAUGCUGAAAAGUCAGCACAGUUGAGUAUGCAGCUGUAUGGAUAUCAGGUUGCACCAAUGAACAGCGUGCUAAAAAAAGACAGUCACGAGUUUGUGGCGCGGAGUUACUGGGACGUUCUGAGGCGAAGUGCCAGUCAAGUCCUCUUUUCUGACCUGGCGGAGCGAGCAGAUGAGAGUGUUACGAUCGACACCACCCUUCUGGUCCAUUUCUUUGGGAAGAAAGGGAAGGCAGAGCUUACCUUUGAUGACUUCUACAGGUUUAUGGAUAACCUGCAGACAGAAGUGUUGGAAAUUGAGUUUCUGACCUACUCUAAAGGAAUGACUACAAUCAGUGAAGAAGACUUUGCCAAAAUCCUGCUGCGCUUCACCAAUGUGGAGAACAUCAGCGCCUACCUGGAGAAUGUCCGCCAGUGUAUACCUGAUGAGAAGAAGCAGGAGGGAAUCACCUUUGAUGAGUUCAGAUCCUUCUUCCAGUUUCUCAACAAUCUUGAGGACUUUGCGAUUGCCAUGCAGAUGUAUAAUUUUGCAUCUCGCUCCAUUGGACAAGAUGAGUUUGCAAGAGCAGUGUAUGUAGCCACUGGGCUGAAGCUGACACGUCACCUUGUACACACCAUCUUCAAGAUUUUUGAUGUAGAUCACGACGAUCAGCUGUCCUAUAAGGAGUUCAUCGGCAUCAUGAAGGACCGGCUGCACAGGGGAGCCAGGGUGAAGGGCCAACGCUACACCUCCUUCUCCAGCUGUGUUCGCUCUGGGGCCAGAAGACAAGUGCAUCAGCUCUGGAGGAGGUACAGGGAGAAGUCGUAGACAAGGACAACGACAGAAGGCAGAAAAAAAAAUUUGGAAGAUGAUUUAAAAAAAAACAAGCCAGAUGAUGGAAUGAAUCAGAUUGAGCUUUAACUUUGAAGUCAGUGGCCCGAGUUAGAAACAGUUUGUUUUCAAGGGCAGAUCUCCAAAGCAGAAAAUAACUCUAAAAGCAUGACUGCACACAGCUGACUGAUGCUCUCUAUUCUGAUGAUAAGUGACAUGACUGUUUUAGGGUUGCUGUUUUUCCAGUCAUCUUGAUCUGAUACUAGUCAUUCAAGUAUGAUUUACAGUGUACUAUAAAACAAAACAGAAUUAAACUUUAUUCUCCAAUUAUGGCACCUUCACAACAGUUAGUGGAACUGCACCUAAUAAUUAUUUUUUACCUUGGAUAAAUGUAAAUCUUCUUUUCUUUGUUUUUUGCAUUAAGCUGUAAAACAUGUUUUAAUCAUCUCACUUAUUCUGACCAGCCUAAAAUGCAAAGUCAUUUUACAACAAUAUUAUAUACAUAUAACAAAGCAAGUUGUACCAUUUUACAACAAAUUCUACAAACUGAAAGGUAUUUUUACUUAAUAAUUGAUGUGAUCAGUUACUUAUCAAAGCUAUAAUAAUAUAUGCUUUUUUAAGGAACAAUAAUUUACUGAACUGCUGCACUACAAACUAUAACAACUGAAAGAGCACAACAACAAUUAAAUAAUAAAAUCAAUAUCAUUGUGAUCCUGUUAUCCAUAUAGAAUUAAUUACACCAAUAUAAAAUGAUAUAGUAACAUACUGCAGAACAUUAUAUUGCAGAAUUAAAUGACCAUAUUUUGAAAAUGUUUUGUCUUCAGCUGAUUUUAAUCACCUCAAUCUUUCUUAUUUUUUGAUUUUGUUUAAUCUCAAAUAGCAAGUAUAGUUUUGUGUUAUAUUGCACCAAGAGUAUAUGAACACUAUUGCUAUAGUUAGGAAUGAUAUAUUGUUCUAAUAUUACAACUUGGGAUGUUUUUGACCUGGAAGUGACAACCUACAACAUGAAAGCCAAGGAAAAAGAUUUUUUUAAAUGUAAUUUCAAUAUUUUACCCGACAGAAUCCUUAUUGUCUUGACUUAUUGUUUUGUGUCUUAGAAUGUUAGUUGCAUGUAUGACAUAGAUUUCCAUAUAGGUGCCUUCUGUCCAUCCCCUUUGUCACCUGAAAAAUGUCACAUAGAAUUACAGAUUUCCAGCAAUUAUUUCAUCACUGUGUAGCUUUUAACAGCAAGAGAACCACAAAACGUGCAAUAAUUAUACAAUUAAUAAUCAUUACUAUGUGUGAUUCAAAUCAGUCUUUAAUGUUGUAAUAUAUUAAUUAAUUGUAGAAUGAUUUCUGGAUGUGUUGGUGUGAAAUAUGAAAUAUAAUUUGAAUAUGCUGAAAUGAAGAAAGGGGUCUAGAUGUGUUAGGGAUGUUGGGCCUGUGCCAAGUUAUUCAACAUAAUGUUAAUUGUUCUCAUUAUGUUUGCAAUAAAUCGUGUAUUUGUCACGUCA